AGGAAGAGCCGCGGGCCCGGCGGCUGAGGCCACCCCGGCGGCGGGAGAGCGAGAAGGAGCGCGUUGCCCCGCGCUGCGCCCGCCCUCGCCUCACCUGGCGCAGGUGGACACCUGCGCGGGUGUGUGGCCUCCCGGCCCCUGAAGCAUGGCCAGCAGCGGCAUGGCUGACAGCGCCAACCACCUGCCCUUCUUUUUUGGCAACAUCACCCGGGAGGAGGCAGAAGAUUACCUGGUCCAAGGGGGCAUGAGUGAUGGGCUCUAUUUGCUGCGCCAGAGCCGCAACUACCUGGGCGGCUUUGCCCUGUCCGUGGCCCACGGGAGGAAAGCACACCACUACACCAUUGAGCGGGAGCUGAACGGCACCUACGCCAUCGCCGGCGGCAGGACCCACGCCAGCCCCGCCGACCUCUGCCACUACCACUCCCAAGAGUCUGAUGGCCUGGUCUGCCUCCUCAAGAAGCCCUUCAACCGGCCCCAAGGAGUGCAGCCCAAGACUGGGCCCUUUGAGGACUUGAAGGAAAACCUCAUCAGGGAAUAUGUGAAGCAGACAUGGAACCUGCAGGGUCAGGCUCUGGAGCAGGCCAUCAUCAGUCAGAAGCCUCAGCUGGAGAAGCUGAUCGCCACCACAGCCCAUGAAAAAAUGCCUUGGUUCCAUGGAAAAAUCUCUCGGGAAGAAUCUGAGCAAAUUGUCCUGAUAGGAUCAAAGACAAACGGAAAGUUCCUGAUCCGAGCCAGAGACAACAACGGCUCCUACGCCCUCUGCCUGCUGCACGAAGGGAAGGUGCUGCACUAUCGCAUUGACAAAGACAAGACAGGGAAGCUCUCCAUCCCUGAGGGAAAGAAGUUCGACACGCUCUGGCAGCUAGUUGAGCAUUAUUCUUAUAAAGCAGAUGGUUUGUUAAGAGUUCUUACUGUCCCAUGUCAAAAAAUCGGCACACAGGGAAAUGUUAAUUUUGGAGGCCGUCCACAACUUCCAGGUUCCCAUCCUGCGACUUGGUCAGCGGGUGGAAUAAUCUCAAGAAUCAAAUCAUACUCCUUCCCAAAGCCUGGCCACAGAAAGCCGUCCCCUGCCCAAGGGAACCAGCAAGAGAGUACCGUGUCGUUCAAUCCAUAUGAGCCAGAACUUGCACCCUGGGCUGCAGAAAAAGGCCCCCAGAGAGAAGCCCUACCCAUGGACACAGAGGUGUACGAGAGCCCCUACGCAGACCCCGAGGAGAUCAGGCCCAAGGAGGUUUACCUGGACCGAAAGCUGCUGACGCUGGAAGAUAAAGAACUGGGCUCUGGUAAUUUUGGAACUGUGAAAAAAGGCUACUACCAAAUGAAAAAAGUUGUGAAAACAGUGGCUGUGAAAAUACUGAAAAAUGAGGCCAAUGACCCUGCUCUUAAAAAUGAGUUAUUAGCAGAAGCAAAUGUCAUGCAGCAGCUGGACAACCCGUAUAUCGUGCGCAUGAUCGGGAUAUGUGAGGCCGAGUCCUGGAUGCUGGUUAUGGAGAUGGCAGAACUUGGUCCCCUCAAUAAGUAUUUGCAGCAGAACAGACAUGUCAAGGAUAAGAACAUCAUAGAACUGGUUCAUCAGGUUUCCAUGGGCAUGAAGUAUUUGGAGGAGUGCAAUUUUGUGCACAGAGAUCUGGCUGCAAGAAAUGUGUUGCUAGUUACUCAACAUUAUGCCAAGAUCAGUGAUUUCGGACUUUCCAAAGCACUGCGUGCUGACGAAAGCUACUACAAGGCCCAGACCCAUGGAAAGUGGCCUGUCAAGUGGUACGCUCCAGAAUGCAUCAACUACUACAAGUUCUCCAGCAAAAGCGAUGUCUGGAGCUUUGGAGUGUUGAUGUGGGAAGCAUUCUCCUAUGGGCAGAAGCCGUAUCGAGGGAUGAAAGGAAGUGAAGUCACCGCUAUGUUAGAGAAAGGAGAGCGGAUGGGGUGCCCUGCAGGGUGUCCAAGAGAGAUGUACGAUCUCAUGAACCUGUGCUGGACGUACGAUGUGGAGAACAGGCCCGGAUUUGUAGCAGUGGAACUGCGGCUGCGCAAUUACUACUAUGACGUGGUGAACUAACCGCUCCCGCACCUGUCGGUGGCUGCCUUUGAUCACAGGAGCAAUCACAGGAAAAUGUAUCCAGAGGAAUUGAUUGUCAGCCACCUCCCUCUGCCAGUCGGGAGAGCCAGCCUUGAAUGGAACAUGCCCGUGACUUGUCACCCAAAGCCUGUCCCAGGACUCACCCUCCACAAAGCAAAGGCAGUCCCGGGAGAAAAGACGGAUGGCAGGAUCCAAGGGGCUAGCUGGAUUUGUUUGUUUUCUUGUCUGUGUGAUUUUCAUACAAGUUAUUUUUACAAUCUGUUUCCAAAUCCCUUUCAUGUCUUUCCCCUUCUCUGGUUCCUGGGGUGCAUUUGUUACUCAUCGGGCCCAGGGACAUUGCAGAGUGGCCUAGAGCACUCUCACCCCAAGCAGCCUUUUCCAAAUGCCCAAGGAUGCCUUAGCAUGUGACUCCUGAAGGGAAAGCAAAGGCAGAGGAAUUUGGCUGCUUCUAUGGCCAUGAGACUGAUCCCUGGCCACUGAAAAGCUUUCCUGACAAUAAAAAUGUUUUGAGGCUUUAAAAAGAAAAUCAAGUUUGACCAGUGCAGUUUCUAAGCAUGUAGCCAGUUAAGGAAAGAAAAAAAAAAAAAAAAGCCUGGAUACUGCUUUUGCUGUCUCUGUUAUGAGAUGAAAGGCUUACAUGUUUGUGAUAAAAGGGGACCAUUUGAAUGAAUUGGCUUGGCUUACUUUCCCCCUGAAAUCCUCUCUCCUGCAGACUGUCUUGAAGACCUAGUGACUGGUAAAUAAAGCCCUGUAUGGAGGCUGCACAGCAGGGGCAAGAGGCCCGUCCCCCAGCGUCUCACUGAGGACAGCUUCGGGCUGCCUUCCCCUGGACGUGGUCCACACCUUCCUCUCCUCCACAGAGAGGGUGCUGCCAGAAUCCCCUGUUAAUUUCUGUGUCUGUAAUGGGGGGACAGCACAGGGAUCAAAGCCAUCUAAAGACUUUCCAAAGAAAGUAUUAAUUCAGAACAAGCCAAAGAUCCUGAGCCUCAUCACAAAUAGGCCUUUUGGAGUGUGAAUUUGAGUUGAAGAUACGAGACCGGAGAAUGAUUUUCUGGUCUUAACUAAUCCUUGUCUUCAUGUUUGAUCUUAAAGAAGUCAUCACCCAUUGAUUUCAGUUUUGCUGUACCUCUUGAAAGUUAAAGAGACAUCUCAGCACUUUAGGAGGCCGAGGCGGGUGGAUCACUUGAGGUAAGGAGUUUGAGACCAGCCUGGCCAAUAUGGUAAAACCCCAUCUCUACUAAAAAUACAAAAAUUAGCUGGGCGUGGUGGCAUGCGUCUGUAGUCCCAACUACUCGGGAGGCUGAGGCAGGAGAAUCACUUGAACCCAAGAAACGGAGGUUGCAGUGAGCCGAGAUUGCGCCACUGCACUCCAGCCUGGGCAUCACAGCGAGACUCUGUCAAAAAAAAAUAAAAAAUAAAAAAAAACUUAAAGAGAUAAUUUAGCCAUCAUUCUUAUGCCAGCAGAUAUAAAUAAACUUGGACCCAUCCAGUCUUCAGCUAAACCUGAGACAUUUUAAAGUGCAUGGACAGCCAUGGACAGCAGGCCCGCCACUAACAGGAGAUGCAAGGCAUGGAGCAAGACAAUCAGUACCCAUGCUCAGCCACAGAAGACAGGAGUCACUCAUAUAACUUGUGUUUAGAAGUUUUUGGAAGCCACGCACACUUUUUGAAAUCACACUAUCUGGUGGUUUAAUCAUAUUUUUAAAGACAGAAUCCCUGAGUUCUGAGCAGAUUCUCAAAACACAUUUAGAAUCCCUGAAAUUAGAAAGAUCAAUGACAAAAUAUCUGUCAGCCAGGCCACAAACAGGUGUAGAAUUAUGAAAGGAGUGGUUGGAUGUGCCAAGUUUGGUACAGUGGUGACUGCAUCUGAGAAAGAGGCUGUGAGGCUGAAUUCUUGGUGGCUUCCUUCUGUAACUUCCAGAGGGAGUCUUCAACACAGGCCCCAUGCUCGUAGGAAUACAGUAGCACCUAUGUAGGAAGUGCGUGGAGUUUUCUCUCUUCUGUCUGUGUGAUUUUUGGCCUUUUUAUCAGCACUUCUCCCCUCCCAGGAGCCUGGGGAUGCCAAACAUCCAGAAUGUGAUGGGGCAAGAUGGGGGCAGGGGCCUCACCUCCCUGCAGAGGUCCGGCCGGGUCUCCUUGUCCCUGGACAAUCUCCUGAGCCUCUCCGCUUGGUGGAGCAGGCACCUGUGUGCAGAAUUCCCACUGUGGCCAGCACGAGGAAGUCUUUUCUAGUGAAAAUGUGUCCUGUGGUCAGGAAUAAUUAUCCUUCCCCCUGCAGCCACCAAGGAGGGCAAAUAGAGAAAGGUAACUUAAUUGAAGGAUUGGUCAUGUGAAAAGGGCUACAUUUGGGAAGCUGGGAAAGGCCUCCAGGCUUCUACAGCAGCUAGCUUGGGCUGGAUUCUCACACCCAGGCUGCCCCUUGGAUUGUUCUACCCAAGCUUUUCCCUGGGGUCUGGGCUCACUCCAUAAGGUAAGGUGCCUUUUACCUUAUGGUCCUUCUUUAGCAGGGAACAAAGGAGCAUCAUGGACAGGCUGCCCUAGUGGCAUCACAUUGGCUACUGAGGCCAUGAAUAUCUUGUCCCCCAGCAGGGCCGAGUGUUUCUAUUACAGAAAACAGUGCGUUCAGUGGUGAAAAUCGUUGCAUGCAUGUUUUCAUCUGAGCAUGUCCUUCUCCCAUACUCCCUAUCAGCCAGCUCUGCCUGUAGUUGCUGGAUGGUGAUUGCACUUGGACAUCAGUCCAACGACUGCAAGUCGGCCUGGAUUUUCACUUGCAGAGGCGACAGCUGCAUUGUCAGGCCUCCCAGCCCUGCAGAGGGCUCCCUCCACUGGUUAGCAGUGUGUCGUGUUUUCCAUUCAUUUCAGAAGAGCUACAUUGUGUCACUGGACAUUUUUAAAAACUGGGAUUUUUAAUAAAAAUUUAAAAUUUG